CGCGUCUUAAAAAAAAAUAAAAAAAGUAUUGACCAAGAAAUAUUGAUUAUCGCCCACUGCCAAUCGCGUCCUGCCAAAAGAACCAGUCAACUAGUUAGCCCAGGCCCAGAUCAAAACCGAAAUGCCCAAGGAAGACGCGGAGCCAUCGGCCGGUGGUGUUCCAGUGGUCGCCAAGGAAAGCGAUGUGCCUCCCGCGGAAAAUGCGACACACAAGGAAAGCGACGCCUCUGCCCCAGCCUCUGCCAGCGCCAGCAGCGCCUCGACCACGCCCCCGCCCGCCCAGGACGACGCCGAGGAGGCGGAACUGCUGGAGCGGAUGCGCGGUGAUGCAGUGGGCAACACAAUGUUCAGCAGUCGGUUCAUCCUGCAGACGGUUUUGAAAUUGGUGGAGCUGCAGCCGGAAUCGCCACUGGAACAGCAGCUGGAGGACGACCUGUGCAAGGUGUGGGACAUGUCGGUGUCCCCCGAGGUGGUCACACUGCUGCUGGAAAACGAGGCCAUCGAUCCCAUCAUGUACUCCCUGAUGGCCGGCUGUGAGGAUGUGCGUCUCUACGAGAUUCUCAUCGGCCUGCUGGGCAACAUGUGCGCCCAGGUGGAGUGCGCCGAGCUGCUCACCUGCAAUCACAGCACCAUGGAGACCCUGUUCAAGCUGACCAACUGCAUGGACACCGCCAUGCUGAUCCAGCUAAUGCGACUCUUCCAGUACAUCAUGGCCCACGUGCUCAGCGGCAAGGAGCAGUUCGCUGUGGACUGGUACGUCUGCUUUGCUGCCUUCGAAAACUCCGCCCAGAAUCUGGGCAGGAUUCUGCAGCAGUCCGUGAGCGAUGAACUGCUAAUAGCGGCGCUGAAGGCCACCAAUGCUGUGCUGGCCAGUUGUGCCCUGGUGGAGGAGGAGAACGCAAAGACUACAUUGAAUUUGAAGCCAUUUGCGCAGGUCUUUCUUGUUCCGGAGCUCUGCGAUGGCGUCAACAGCGCCUUUCUGCGACUUAUGCGCGAUGAUCAGGCCAAGCUGGCCGACGAGGAAGCUGGCGAGGAGAACGGAGAGGCCGAAGUGCCACCCGCUGCCCAGGACAGUGAUGAAGAUGCCGACGUUGGCUACGACUCGUGCGGGCCGAAAAUAACCUGUGAUGUGGAGAUCAUUCAAACCUACCUCAACAUUUGCACCAUUCUGGUCCAGUUGCCCGAAGCGCAAGCUUCCAUGGACGUGUAUGCACCCAGCAUAGUCAGCUGUCUGGCGCGGAUACUGCAAUUCCUGCAACAGCCUCUGCAACUCAUUCCAUUGGGUGAAAGACAGGAGGAGUACCUGGAGGAUCUGGCGCACAUAUGGAGUCGCCUCAAGUACUUCUAUCACAAGGAAGCCUUCUUAAAUCUUCUGGAGUUGUGGUACAGACUCAAGCAGCACAUUGACAAUUACACCGGAAGCGAUCCAGAGACCAACGACUUCGAAGAGGACGAAGAGGAGGAGGAGGACGCUCCGAAGGAGCAGUAUGUGGAGAAUGCCUUCAAGCUGCUGCGCCUUUUAGCCUGCAUGGUUAUAAAAGCGGAGAACUCGGAUCUCCAAGAGAUUGGUGACGAAAAGGUGCAGCUCUUUGUGUCUGCGCUGAAAGCCGAAGAGGAUGAUGCAAUCUUCUCAAAGGCCCUCGAAUGCCUGAGCGGAAGUGUGGACAAGGAGGCGGGCCAAGCCUAAAGAACAUACCUCCACGAAAGGAAAGACAAAAAAAUGACUGAGAUUGUAGCUUGCAGCACAAUAUAUUCGUAACUUAGUGAG